AUGGCAACUGCAAUCGACCAUGUUUACUCUGAUAUAAUCCAUUCUGAAAGGUAUUCAGAUCAAGAUAUAUCUGAAGCCUCCACUGGAAUACAAAGUGAAGAGGAAGAACAUCUCCACCGAUCAACUUCCACGCCCCAACAGGAGCCGGUCCCUCACAUUAGAAACCAACAAUAUAUGACUAAUGAGGAAAUGAAAGCAAAGAAGCUGUAUGAACUGAUGGAUGAUGAUCUUCAAUUCAUCGACGAGGCCUAUGAGAAUAUAAAAAAAUACAAGGCUGAGGUCGUGAGACAACAGGAGCGUGCGAAGGAGAACCUUAAAUAUAAAGAAAUUUCCAAUGUCGAGAAGGUCGUUAUGAGGUUGAAAACAGAAAUCCCCUCAAAGGUGAAAGUUAGGUACUCGGCGCCAACAGUUAGAGAUGCAAAGAAGAAAGAGAAUCUCCCCAAUCGCGAGAAGAACGAGCAUCUAGAUGGAGUUCAUUCUUUUUAUAACAAGGAUCUGUUUAAGAACAAUGUGAUAUUCAAAGAAUUCAAGACAAGUUUCAAUCUCCUCAAUAGUGAACACAAACAAUGCCUUCUCUGUUUUGCUCUGUUCCCAAAUGGUGCAACAAUCAAGAAGCGGCUCCUGAUGUACUGGUGGAUUGGCGAGGGAUUCAUUCGAUCUGAUGUAAACGCAGAGGCUGAUGCAGAGAAGGUCUUGAAGGAACUCAUUUCAAAAAACUUCAUCCAUCCAGUUUACGACAAGUGCCCUUUUAAGAAAAAAGCUCAUAGCUACAAGUUGCAUCCUUUGGUUCAUGCUGCAGUACCUAUACUGGCUGAGAGGGAAAAUUUCAUUGAUUCUGAUGACCCCAUGAGAGGGCAUACUCGUUUUCUAACAUCUUGUCUGGUUUCUCGGAAAGACAAGAAGUCGGAGUCCCAUGGCAAGAACAAGUCCAAUUCCAAUACGCCAUCAAAAUCAGACAACUCUAAGCCCAUGGCUCAUGUGGUGUUCAAUUUGAAUGAAACCUUUCUACGGCUUAAGCACGAAUGGCUUAUCGAGAUGAAGCAUGUGAACAUUCUUUACUUGGGAAGGUGGGAUAGCACAAGCAAGAAGCAUAUUGAAGUGGAGGAACCUAAAGAUUUAGAAGGCUUAGCUAACUUAAAGUAUGUUAAAUUCUUGAGUUUGCAAGGAAUUUCAGGGAUAACAGAGAUCCCUGAGUCAAUUUCCAAGUUAUGGAACCUUAAUGUCUUAGAUCUCAGAGCUUGUCACAGUCUUGAGGUGAUCCCGCGGGGCAUUGGUUCACUUCAUAAUUUGACACACUUGGAUUUAUCGGAGUGUUACUUGCUCAGUGGUAUGCCAAAAGGUCUCGGGGCACUAACAAAUCUCGUGGUUUUCAAGGGAUUUGAAGUUGCAGAUUCAACAGACAAAUCACACUCAUGCACUCUGGAUGAUUUGUUGGCCAUGAAAAACUUAAGUAAAUUAAGUAUUCAUACACAAAUCGAGGAUUUCCCUAGACGGAGUGACUUGUCCGUGCUUGUGAAUUUCAAACAACUCCGCAUCCUAACUAUAGAAUGGGGAAGAAAUUUGUUUGGGAAUCCAGACUCGAGUAGUGUUCCAAAACAUGGGGGAAUUGUGAAAACAUUGAAUCGUUUAAUUACAGGGAAGGAAGAUGGGAAUGUCUCAUAUGUAAUCGGUUUUCCUCCAAUAUUGGAGAAGUUGGACCUGAAAUGUUAUCCUAAGCGAAGUGCAACCACUUGGCUAAAACCUGAGAAUUUGGGGAAGCUGAAUAAACUGUACAUCAGAGGAGGGGAACUUGGCGAUUUGGGUCAGUUCGAGUUUAGAACUGAUCCAAAAUCUUGGAAUAACGUGAAAACACUACGUCUCAAGUACUUGAUGGAAAUAGCGAUGGAGUGGAUGGAAUUUCGAGAAUUGUUCCCGAAAGUUGAAUAUUUGGAGAAAGUGAAAUGUCCAAAGCUCACUAUGUUCCCCUGCAAUGCCCAUGGAAUUUGGAAGUACAAGACAAAUACAUUUUAA